AUGCCUGGUCUGCCAUCUAUUGUCGUCAUUUCAAAUCCCAGCCAUGCUAGUCGCCCAUGGUUUGUCCUCCAUCUCAGCGCGCCGAACCCCUACAGGUUUAGGGUCAAUCCACUGGUACCAGAGGCCGGCUCUAGACAGACCAAGGCGAUCGGCUACACUUCCUACACUCUUGACGCAGCAAAGUCCCUCUCAGUAGCAACUUUUCCGUAUCAUAUACCACUGGCAUCAGCGAACAAUUCUUCCCUCAUUGAGCUCAGCAUGCCUUCACGGCCCAAACCUAGUAUGUUGGAGGUAGUGUCAUCCGUAGCGCCUGUGCCAGGGACGCGAGGUCAGUUCACCGUCACAAUCACCCGAGACUGGUGCACCCAACAUUCUGUUUUGGGAGGGUUCUCCGCGGCGGUCAUGCUGUCGGCUGGUCGCAAAUUCCUCGAUCAGGAGCUGGGCGCAGGCCGAUAUCCCGACCCAGUGCACGCCUUCGUGCAGUUCCUCCGUGGCGUUCAACCGGGUGAGUCGAUUAUCAGCUGCGGCGUCUUACGGACCUCGUCGCGACAAUGCGUCGUCCGGGUCGAACUGAAACGUGCUACUCCGGAGGCUCCCUCGAGAAGCAGAGACCCUACCGCACCAUCACCACCUCCGCCACCGCACAUGGGCAUCAACACCCUCGGCAUCUUCACCUACGCCAAUAUCCCCCAAGAGCAAGGCCUCACCCAACACCCCCACUACCCCCGCUCAACCAACCCACCACCACCCUUUCCCAACCGCCAAACCGAAUGCAUCCGAAUCGACGACCCCGUCGUCGACGCCACCCCGGUCACCCGCAAGAUGAACUGGGUUGCGCCCCGCUCCGCCAGCGGACUCUGGGGCCAUCGCCUAGGGGGCCACAACAGGGAGGUCUGGCUCUCCUUCCGCGAUGGCAGUCGGUUCUCCGAUAUCGUGCACCUGGCAUAUCUAUCCGACUUACCUCUUCAUCCGCCCGCGACCCAUAUCCCCGAUUUCUACGCCAAGUACGCCAUCUCCACCCUGUGUCUGUCGAUCGAGUUCAAGAGCCGGCCCGCCCCGGCCACGGAAUGGGUGCUGAUCCGCUCCACUUCCAAUCAAGUCGCGCGCGGUCGCUACGAUGUGAGUUUGCAGAUCUAUGAUGAGGCGGGCACCCUUCUUGCGUUGAGCCAGCAUGUGGUGUUUACCGCGGGGUUGAGGCCCCCGCGGGGUGGACAUGACGGCCCAGGGGUGAGCGAGGUAGCGGCAGAAGCUGGCGAGGAAGCUCUGCUGCUGGUUGAAUCCGCGGUUAAGUAUUUAUCGUUGUCUACUAGCCAUGCUGGUUUCGGGAUUUGUAAGGGCCCUGGGCUGUGUUAUAGCGAUUACUCAGGCUACAAAAUGAUGAAUUGUCAUAUAUAUCUCAAGAUGGACUUCGAAUCAUGCAUUAGCAUCGAUGCAGUCUGCGUGCUGAUGGGAUGUGUCUGA